AGUUUUUCCAAGGGCUAAACUGCCAGUCAAAAACUCAUUAAAACCAACUUUUUUACAAUCCAUGACUAAAUAAACAUGAUAUUAAAUUUAACAUUUACAAAAUAGAUUUUUUGAUUUUAUUCCAAAUCAAAAAAAAAUACUCAAAAGCAAUCUUGUGACACUUCUAUUUUUAAAAAUAUUGUAUAUUAUUGUUACUGUGAUAUUGUUGUUUAUACAUGAUAAGAUGAAGACAUCAUAACCCUUGUAAUUUUAGGUUUUACUAAACAAGCACUUAAAAAAUAUUAAUGGACCGUCAAAAAAAUAAUAAAUACUUUUUUGGGGGGUUUUAGAGUUUUGCUAUAUCUGAUAUUGUAGCCAAAUUCCUUAUAUACUUGGCUAUUGUUGAAACCAAGAUAUUUUUUUUCGUGUAACUAGUUUUAAAUACAUUUUGAAAUUUACCCACGCAACAUGUAUCCAGUGGCGCAUUUAAGGGGGGGCAACUGGGGCAAGUGCCCCGGGCGCCAAAUUCUAGGGGGCGGGAAAAUUUUUAUAGUUUACCACUACAUAUAAUUAAAAUCUUUCUAUUUAAUUUGAUAUAAUAUUAUUAUACAAAAUACAAAUAAAGAUUAUAAAUUAAAAAUAGACAUUUUACUUAUAACUCAUAAGGUCUAUGAUUAUAAACGGUUUUCAUACAGGUCUAUGAGCGGCACGGGAUUGUGACAAUCAUAGAUAUAAAUAUCAAUGAUUUAUUUAUAUAUUAUAAUAUAUAUCAUCUGUGGCGGAAAUAACAUGUUAUUAGCUAAUACGAGUUAAAAAUAACAUAAUAUCCACAUCAAAAUAUUAUUUUCCUUAUCGCCGACCGCCGAACGUUAUUUUUGUCAAUAUUAGCUAUAGUGACUCGCGUGUUUAAUUGUCUUCUGACAGCGUCUUGUGUAAUAAGUUAACCAUACGGUCAUUAGACGCUUAAUGUUAAUAUUUGAUUUAAUCUUUAUUGUUUAUUGUUUAUAAUUCGUUCUACUUUCAAAAUUAGUAUUCAGUAUUCCAGUAUACCUUCUAUAAAUUACUGGAAUUUGAUUAUACGCGGAUUUUCAAUAUGGAAGCUAAAAAAAAGCUUAGUGGUUCAGGAUAUAGAAAGCAAGCAAAAAUUAAAAAAUUAAAACACGAUGCAUUAAUUAAGAAUUGUAGAAAAUUAGAUAGUAUGUUCAAGCCAUCGAAUAAUUCAAAUACAGAUGAUAAACUGGAGAUGUUAAACCAAGGUACACAAAUACAAAUGAACCCAGAUUAUUCAAAUGUAAACAGUUCUGAACAGUACAAACCUACAAAAAGUAGUGGUUAUAUUGAGACAGAAAAUACAGAUGAUGAACUAGAUAUGUUAAACCAAGAUACACAAAUACAAAUGAACCCAGAUUAUUCAAAUAUAAACAGUUCUGAACAGCACAAUCCUAUGACAAGUAGUGGAAAUAUUGUGACAGAAUAUACAGAUGAUAAACUAGAGAUGUUAAAUCAAGAUACACAAAUACAAAUAUACCCAGAUUAUUCAAAUGUAAACAGUUCUGAACAACACAAACUUACAAAAAGUAGUGGUUAUAUUAAGACAGAAAAUAGUAUUUCUGAGAUAAAUACUGAUAUAUUGUCAUCUAAGAAUAAUGAAACUGCUGAUGUUUUGUUUGAGCCUACUGAUAUUCCUCGAUGUGAUCCUGCUUUAUGGAAAAUAAACGAGUUCACUAUAGAAUAUAUUUGUAUUAAUGGAUUUUCUCAAGAUUUAAAUGAUUUAAAUUUUACCAAGUCUAAACGAGCAUAUACAAAACUUCACAAAAAAACUACCAAAACCUACUAUAGAUUUUGCAAUAAAAACUAUUGGAAUACAAGACUACCUAAUGGUGAUUCAAUUAAACGUAAUUUCAUUGCAUACUCAGAAAGUAAGGGUGUAAUUUACUGUAUCCCAUGCUUGUUGUUUGGCAACAUAAAUUCAUCUUCAUUUGCUUCAAAAGGAUUUUCAAACUGGAAAAGAGCUGAAGAGCUCAUAUCACAACAUGAAAAUUCUUUAAAACAUCGUUCAAAUAUUCUAGCAAUGAAAAAUCGAGGACAAACACAUCAAAGAAUUGAUCAACAAAUAAUACAACAAAUUGAAAAUGAACGUAUGUAUUGGAUCAAUGUUUUAAAAAGAGUUGUGGCAAUUGUUAAAACAUUGGCAUCAAGAGGUUUAGCAUUCAGAGGACAUACUUCAAAAAUUGGAUGUCCACGUAAUGGAAAUUUUAUGAUGGCACUUGAGUUAUUAGCUGAAUUUGACCCUUUUAUAUCAAACCAUAUUUCCAAAAAUGGUAAUCCCGGUAAAGGUCAUACUUCAUAUUUAUCAUAUUAUAUUUAUGAGCAAUUUAUUUUAUUAAUGUCUAAAAAAGUAGAAAAUACUAUUAUUCAAGAUGUCAAUACUUCACGAUAUUUUUCAAUUAGUGUUGAUUCAACGCCAGAUAUUACCCACACUGAUCAACUUUCUUUAGUUGUACGAUUUGUUGAUGAGAGUGGUAAUGUAUUUGAGCGUUUUUUAUGUUUUAUGAAUAAUGUUGGACAUAAAUCAGAAGAUAUGGCUGAAGCAGUGAUAACAAUUCUGAAUAAGUACAAUUUGAAUCUUAACUAUUUAAGAGGGCAGUCAUAUGACAAUGCGAGUAACAUGUCUGGUAGUUACUCUGGAUUACAAGCUAGAAUAAAACUGAUAAAUCCAUUGGCCAAGUUUGUUCCCUGCUCGGCUCAUUCAUUAAAUUUAGUGGGACAAAAUGCUGCCAGCUGUUGUAAUGAAGCUAUUCAUUUUUUUAACUUUCUUCAAAACUUGUACACAUUCUUUUCAGCAUCAACUUACCGAUGGCAGAUUUUAAAUUCUUCAAUCAAGAGAUUAUCAGAUACAAGGUGGUCUGCAAGAGAUGAUGCAUGUUAUUCAUUAAAUAAAAAUUGGUCAUCUAUUGAAAAUGCUUUAAUUAAGAUUGGAGAAAAUGAAAAAGAAAAACCAGCUAUUCGAUGUGAAGCAAAUGGUAUACUCAAAAUACUUAAAUCAUUAGAAACAUUUUUCUUGUCAAUUUUUUGGGGAGACAUAUUACAUAGGUUUAAUACAGUUAGCAAAAAACUUCAAAGUGUAAAUAUUGAUUUAAGUGUUGUUGUUGAGCUUUAUCAAUCAUUAAUUAAUUAUGUUGGUGAUAUUCGUACAGAUAAAGAUUAUGAAAAUUUUAAAAGAAAUGCUAUUGAAAAAUGUGGAAUUAUGAACUUUAGAAAUACUGAAAAGCGACAAAAAAAAAUUAAAAAAUUUAGUGAUGACAGUUCAAUGGAAAGUAUUGUAACUAAUUUUAAAAUCAAUACCUAUUUUGUUAUUUUAGACCAAUUGAAGUCAGAAUUGUUGAGAAGAAAAAUUGCAUAUAACAACCUUUUAAAAAAUUAUUAUUUUUUUUUUAAAAUUACUAAAAUGACAGCUGCAGACAUAAGGGUAUCUGCUGAGCUGUUAAGAAAUGAAUAUAAUACAGAUUUGGGAACUUCAUUUCCUAAUGAAUGUAUUCAUUUUAGCAGCUAUUUGAAAACUAUUUCUAAUCCUCCUCAAAGUAUUCAAGAUAUGUUAGUGUUUAUAAGAAAAAAUAAUUUGAAGGAUAUUUUCCCUUAUAUAGAUAUUGCUUUAAGAAUGUUACUAUGCACUCCAGUUAGUAACUGCUCAACUGAGAGGUCAUUUUCAGCCUUAAAACGAAUAAAAUCAUAUUUAAGGUCAAACAUAGGCGAAGAAAGGCUCACUGCAUUAGCAAUCAUGAAUAUAGAAUCUGAUGUUACUACAGCAAUAAGCUACGACGAUAUUAUUCAAGAAUUUGCUCAAGACCAUGCACGACGAAAAGUAUAAGUACAUUUUUAAAUAUUGUUUGUUCUAGUAUAUUAAUAAUUAUUUUAAAUAUAUUUAUAUUUAUUAUCUACAAAAAUAUUAAAUGUGUAUUUCUUGAGGAGGGGGGGCGCUAGUAAAAUGUUGCCCCAGGGCGCUAAAUGUUUAAAUGCGCCACUGCAUGUAUCAGUUUAAUACUUUAAUGUUUCAUCACAUGUUUAAUAUUUUUACAAAUUAUGUAAUACACUAAUACAGUGUUAUAGAAAGGUAUGAAUUGUGAUAAAAAAAUUAGAUACAUCAAAUUAAAAAUCUCUCGGGUGAUAAAAAUUCCAAUGCUGUAAAAGCAUUCAAGAUAAAGGUAUAAUUUCCAAUAGGUAGUAGGUAGGCAUAAGGUAUAUCGUAAAUUUGUAAUUUGUAUUUUGUAUAUUUUAAAGAACUAGAUCAGAAAACAGACUACCUAAUAUUUAAAAAACAGCUUAUGGACAUUUGUCAAAAAUAGGACACAUAAUAAUAAUGAUCGCGAUUAGUGACAAUAGUGCAGCGCAACAUACAUUAUUCAAAAAUAAUAAUUCCAUUAUUAAAGAGUCACGGAGGUGAGCGCGUCACAAUCAUGGUUAUACCUGCAUUUUAUCUAAAUUACCGAGGUCGCUAUAGUCAUAAUUAUAUGAUUAUUAAUUCCACUCUACAACGGACAUUGCUAUCACGGGCGCACGGAUAUAGUAUGUAUUAGACUAUAAGUAAGUAUGUACACGAUAAAAAGAACAUACAAAUGAU